ACAAUCAGUAGCGUGCGCUUCAGAGGAUUAAUCCUGUCACUUGGUUGUCGUUUGCAGAUUCGUCCACGUUCCUUGGAAAGAAUGACAGUUGAAUUGAAGAAAUUUCUCUACGGACUGUUAACUGAUGUGGAAGGUUUGCAUAGUAUAUUAAUUACUGACAGGGAUGGAGUACCUGUUAUAUCUGUAGCUAAUGAAAAGGCGCCAGAGUUAGCUACAAGAGCCAGUUUUUUAUCUACUUUUGGAAUGGCUACGGAUCAAGGAAGUAAAUUGGGGCUUGGCAAAAAUAAAACCAUUAUAUGCAUGUAUAGUAAUUAUCAGGUAAUUCAGAUAAAUAAGUUGCCAUUGGUCAUUAGUUUUAUUGCUAGUCACAGUUGCAAUACCGGUCAUGUAUUAUCGUUGGAAAAUAAGAUUGAUCCUAUCUUAAGUAGUUUAAAAAAUGCAGUAGUGGAAGCCUGAUGGUUACCUGUUGUCCAUUAUGGGUGAUAAAUGCUGAACACUGUUGAUUAUAUAUGAAUAUACAUAUGAAUUUAUAAGUUAUUGCAAUUAUUAUAUAAACAAUAAUCUUUUUUCAAGAAUAUCAAAUAUGUUUUUACGUUUUUACUUGCUUAUGUUUAUUCAUAUUGCUGCAAGUGUGUUUUGAAAAGUGAAAGAUCUUUCAGAAUGAUUAUUACAUGAUACUUUAAUACAGAAAUCAGUAAAUAUACCGAUCAAGGGAGACCGCUCCGAUCACUUUGAUCUUGACAUAGGUAGAAGAAAGGCGAGGUCUUGAUGCGAAAAGACAGGACCAUUCCCAUGGAUGCGCAGUCGUUUAAAGUAAAGAACCAAUCAGAAAUCGCCCAGGAUGUCAGAAUUCAAUAUGGCUGCGAAGUGAUACACCCAGAUACACUGCACUAAGGCCCUAUUCUUGAUAUGAAUAAUUUUCGCAUACGAAAAUGAGUUUUUCGAUUGUGAUUGAUCAAUUGUAUACGGAAUUGCUAUUUUCGUAUGCAAUAUUUGUUCAGGCAUAGGGCCCCUGCUGUACAUUUGCUCCAUUUCACUCUGCACUUCUGGGCAUUUCUUAUUGGCUCAUUACGAUCGUUACGUCACGACACGUGUCAUCAUAUGCGCAAUGGUACACCUGUCUUUUUACAUCAUGGAUGAGGUGGCCCUCACUUUGCGUGGAAGUCGCGUUCUCUUAAGCGGGGGGAAGGGGGGUGGGAGGUAGAGUGGAAUUUGCUUCACGUAGAAAAUCCAACGUCUCUUAGUAGAGGGAAUAUGGAGUAGUUCUUAAUAUUAUAUAGCAGAAAUAAGACGUUAUUUCUUAAACUUUUUGGUUAAUAACUCUUUAACGAAUAACGAACAACGGCUAAAACCUCCUGAAGGUAAUCAUUGAGUCAAGGUCAAAGUCAUCGAAGCGAUCUUCUCCGAUCGAUAUUAGCCCAGAAAUCUAUUAGAGAGAGGUUCUUUUUGAGAAAUGCAGAGAUAUAAUCAAAGUUAUAUUAUUUAUUUAUUAAGAAAAUAUUUGAUAUUUUUUAUGAAAAUCAUGUGUAGUA